ACGGACAGCAGGGUGGCAUCAGGAUCUUUUGUAUGACCCAUAUGAGACGAAGAAGGUUGAAUUUAGUGAUAGUUUUGUCUUUGGUUAGUAUUCUCACUUUAAUCGCUUUGUUUGGGACUUACGCAUAUUUUAAAGUUUAUCAAGAAGAUUCACCACAAAUUUCAAUAACGGACGAAUACUUUAAUGAACCAUCUGAUCUUGUUCGACAUAAACGAGCAACAAACUUUAUUAAUAAAAUAGAUUCUGAGCGUGAUGAUGUUGAUGACAUGAAUAAGAUUAAAAGAAAUGCUGUUGUUGAAGACAUCAAUAGUUUUCUAAAUUUAAAAUAUCAAGAAAUCAAUGGAAAUGAUGCAAAUGAAGAAAUUAAUGACGAGGGAACUUUAAUAUCGAAACGAAGCAGCAACUUCAAAAAUUCCAUAAGAAAGCUCAAAGAAAACAUAAAACACAACAAAAUUAUGAUCAAUGAUAAUGAGAAUGUUUCUGAUGAAUCAAUAAAUCUUAUAUUGAAAGAUUUGCGAGAUAUUGAAGAAGAGAUUCGUGACAUUGAUGAUGAUAUUAUAAGUCUUUUAGAGACUGCGGCAAUGGCCGAUAAUUCAAUUCACAAACGGGUCAGACAUAAGCGUGAGACGAAUUCAAUUCAAAAUAUCGAUCCAAUCACUUACAAGCUUUACUUUCCAAUCUUCGAAGAGAAGAAACGGGAAAAACGACUUGUUCAGGAAAAAUUUACUGAAGUUCGUGAUGAAUUUAUUCGAUGCAAGAAGUCAACGAAAGAUGGAAAGCGAGAUUGUAAUGAAAUUUACAGUAAAGUGAUGGAUCGCUUUAGAGAAAUAACAAAAAAGUUUAAAGAAAUUGAAGAAAUUGUUGACGAAAUGGAAGAUUAUCAUUCAUCAUCGCGAAGCAAUGAUUCAAGGGAACGUAAAAAGGAAAAGAAGAAAAACAAAAAGAAGAACAAGGAGGAAAAAAGUUCUUCAGAAUCGGAUGAAUCAAGUGAAGAAAAUGUGAAAACUUCAACACCGUGGUGGGAACAAAGUUCACCGUCAACAAAUAAAACUACUUCAUUAGAACCAGAAACAACAACACUUGAAGUAACAACAACAGUAGAAGAAGAUAUUUCAACAAUUGAGACAACAAAUUCCGAAGAUAUGACAACGACACAAUCACCAAUCGAGACUACGACCAAUGAUGAAACAACCGUCCAACCAGCAACAAUUUUCGAUUUUCACGACAAAAAAGAUUCAA